AUGGCACUCCCCGUCGCUCUCGUACUGGCCGCCUGCUAUUUCCUGUCGUCUGUCUCGGGUAUUCUGAUCCAGACGGAUACUCCUUCGCUACCGCUCGCAGACAGAUAUGACUAUGUUGUUGUCGGCGCUGGAAUCGGCGGAUUGGUCGUCGCUAAUCGGUUGUCCGAGAACCCGUCCGUAUCCGUGUUAGUGAUAGAAGCUGGAGAUCUGGACGACCAGGCGGAAGAUGUCACUGUGCCGGGCAACGUUGGCGAGGAAGAUCCCCACAGGUACGAAUGGGUCGUGACCACGGGCGCUCAAGAAUUUCUGGACAAUACCCCUCGUAGCUUCACUCAGGGUAAGGUCGUCGGGGGCAGCACCAUCACCAACGGCCUCUGUUGGACCAGGGGCUCCACGGCCGACUACGAUGCUUGGGUCAACCUCGGCAACCCUGGCUGGGGAUGGGCAGAUCUCCUACCCUAUUUCGUGAAGUCCGAAACGUACACCGCACAGCACGACGCAUCGCUGGAGCCUACGGCAGGGGCUUCGCAGCGAACGGACCCUGUGGUUAGCAAACACGGCUAUCAAGGGCCGAUCGAAGUUGGCUUCCCACGUUACAUCUAUAAUCAGACAUACAACUUCCUCGAUGGCAUCCAGGAGCUUGGCAUUCCGAUCAACGACGACCUCAAUAGCGGCUAUGCCACCGGCGCAAAUCUCAUCCCGAGCAGCAUCACAGCCGAGAACCAAUCUCGAGCAGAUGCUCGCACCUCGUACCUCGAUCCUGUGUUAUCUCGUCCGAACCUGGCACUCGUGACUGGCCACACUGUCACGCGCAUACUGCAUAGAGGCGACAAUGGUACUGCUCCGAAUCCAGGUCCUAAGGUAGGGGUACCCGGAAGGAUCAUCACUGGAGUUGAGUUUGCCGCAAACUCAACCUCCCAGCGAUAUAACGUUUCCUGCCGAAGGGAGGUCAUCCUCGCAGCUGGCGCCAUCCUCUCACCCGUGCUAUUACAAAUCUCCGGCUUCGGACCUGCGGACCUGCUGACGAGCCUGGGUGUCGAAGUUGCAGUCGAUCUGCCCGGCGUCGGUAGCAACCUCCAGGAUCACCCGAUGCUACAGCCUGUGUAUGCGUUCGAUGCACCAGAUGUCUUCACAGCCUGGGAUAUCGUAGGCAGAACGAGGGAUGCUGUCCGGGAGGAAUAUCUGGCGAACCGAAUUGGGCCGUGGACAGCGCCCAUGGUCAACACGGUGGCCUUCCCCGCGCUCGAAUGGGUGCAAGACGACGCGCCGCAGUUCCUCACGCGCAUAUCCAACGCGACGAGCCACCUGCCACCGACCUACGACGCCACCCUCCUUGCAGGCUACACAGCACAGCAAACCGAGCUAACAGCGCUGCUCUCCCGCACCGAUACGCCCGCCUAUGAGCUCAUGUCAACGUCGUGGGGUCAGCUCGCCGUCAGCGCCAUGCACACCUUCUCACGUGGCACGGUCCAGGCACGCUCCGUCUCCGUCUUCGACAAGGACAACCCGCCGCUCGUGGACCCGCGCUUCUGCUCGCACCACUUCGACUGCGAUGUACUGCUCGCGGCGCUGGAGCUUAACGACCGCCUUAUCGCGACGGCGCCCAUGGCGGCGCUGCAGCCCGUACCGCAGGCCGGAUUCGCGCCCGCCGACGCGCGCAACCGCACCGCGCUGGACGAGGCCAUGCGCGCCCUGAUACGCACCGAGUUCCACCUCUCCGGGUCGUGCUCGAUGCUGCCGCGGGACCUGGGCGGCGUGGUGGAUCCGGCGCUGCGCGUGUAUGGGACCCGGGGGCUGAGGGUCGUGGAUGCGAGUGUUCUGCCCCUGGUUCCGGGCGCGCAUAUACAGGCUCCUGUUUAUGCUGUUGCUGAGAAGGCUGCCGAUAUCAUCAGACUCGACAAUGGCGAUGUUGCGGGCGUACACCCGUUGCCGAAGGAAGUGCGGCCCACGCCUCCUCAUUGUGCUCAUCAUGCUCACCGUGCUCACCGUGCUCACCGCUACUGGUGA